UGCUGCAAACCCAAUAGCUUAAAGCCAUUCAGCGUAUGGGAAAGAUACGUUCACACCAAUUCAAUUCACCGAGCUAAUUAUGUAAUAUUAAAUUUAACAAGAAAAUGUUUAUGGUGCAAGUUUGCUAUAUAGUAUAUUAUGUGAAAAUACUUAUAAGCAGACAAAAUGCUGCGCUGUCCUUUGAAACAUGUGAGGUCUGUGAGUUGGACUCUGAUACAGAAGCCAUCGAGUCUUCCAGUUACAAGAGGUGUGAGAGUUGUAGGCCCCCCUUCAACCUGCCACACAGUGUUUGCCCCUGUGAGUAGCUGGAUUCCUCAGAGGCAACAACAUGCUGCAAAACACGUUGAGUCUGUUGAAGAAUCUGAGAUAGGACAACAAAAAUUGGAAGAAAAUGUAAAGACCAUCUCAGAUGCAAAAAGAAAAAACAAUAAUAAAAAACGUGAAAUGAUGCAAGCAGCGUCAGAAGAGAUAACUGCAUUGAAAGAACUUCCACAAACAGUCAAUGAGCUGAGUGCUGCUUUAAGGAUCAGCCAACGUAAAGUCGAAGACACCAUUACAGCAAUUACUGGGGACAAAGAAAUCUUACAAAAUGAAAAAAUUGAAUUAGCCCUUGUAAUGCGGGUUGUCAAGAAGUUGGAUAGCACUGGGUCUCUUCUGUCCAAAAUCGACAAGUUACAGCCAGUGAAGUCAAGUUUAUUGUCAAAAAAGUCCUCAAAUAUAGAGACAAAGCCUAAAGGUGGUGUUCUGGCAAAAAAAUCUCAAGCAGGCGGUGAGAUUUCUGAGAAGAAAGAGUUGAUCUCAGGAACACGAAAACCUAUGGGUGGACUUCUGGCCAAAAAAUCACAAACCGCAUCUGAGCAGUCUGAAAAGAGUGAGAUUGUUUCUGGGACAGGAACCACAGAAAAUGAAAGUUUACGAAGGUUGACAAAAAUAAGUGAGCAAGUUAAAAAGAUGUUUUAUCCGUUGGCUCAAAAUAAAGCACUACCUACAUUUCCAAAGGAUGACAAACCAAGUGGAAAAAUUAAAGACAAAAGUCCAUCGAGUGAAGAUCAUGUUAUGUAUAAAACUGAUUUAGAUAAUAGCAGGAAUAAUGCGUUAGAGCGUCAAGUUAAUGUUCGGAAAGAAGCAAGGAAAGGUUUAUUGGACAGAAGAAAGUCAGAAACUGACUUAGUGGAAAGUGCAGAGGUGAAACCAAGGACAGGGUUAUUGGCAAAAAAAAAGCCAGAAACACAUUCAGUGGAAAGUUCAAAGCCAGAAACACAUUCAGUACAAAGUACAAAGCUUGAAAAACUUUUAGUGGAAAGUUCAAAGUUGGAAACACAUUCAGUGGAAAGUUCAAAGCCGGAAAUGAUUUCAGCGGAAAGUUCAAAGCCGGAAAUGAUUUCAGCGGAAAGUUCAAAGCUGGAAACUCAUUCAGUAGAAAGUACAGGUAGGAAACAAGAAGAACCAAGGAGAGGGUUAUUAACAAGAAAAAAGUCGGAAAGAGUAGAAAGUACCAAAAUAGAACAAUUUGAGCAAAGUAAUGGGUUAUUAACAAGAAAAAAGCCAGAAAGAGUGGAAAGUACCAUAGAGGAACAAAUUGAGUCAAGUAAAGAGUCAUUAGCCAAGAGAAAGCUGGAAACAGUGGAAAGUACCGGUGUAAAACAACUUGAACCAAAUGAAGCCUUAUUGACAAGAGAGCCAAAAACACACCCUAUUGAAAGUGCAGAACAGAAACGAUUAGAACAGAUUAAAGAUGUUGAAAAGUUGUUACAAGACAUAGUAAAAAGGAGUCAGAUAAGUGAAAAGCGUGAAGAAGGAAGGGUUGAAAUAGAAAUGAGAGACUUCAAAAACAUCUUGGAUACUUUGCAAGCAGUUUCACAUGAUUCAGUGAAGCAUGUUUCUGCUGGAACCACCUUACUCAAAGAUGAUGAAGACAUAUCUAAACAAAGUGAAACUGAAAGUAUUGUGGGAGAUAUUAAAGGUGAUAUUAGAACAGAAAUGUUGACAACUGAAUCUGCUGUAAAUGCAACAGGUGGUAAAGAGGAUGUUUUGCAUAGUGUUGAAGCAAUUCAACAAGAAACAAUUGAAGAAAAACAACCUGUUGAAGAACUAAAUAAGACCUCAACAGAAUUAAGUGGUUUGAAAGGUGUAUUGAAAUCCUUUAAACCACCCCCAGUUGUGGAAAAAGUGAGACCAUUUUCUGUGCAAAAUUUAUUUAAAGACGAGUCUCCAGAUAAAGAAAGUAUUUCGGAUUUAGAAACUUUCAUAGGUAAUGAUAAAGCCUCUGUUCAAGAAUUAAGUGAGAUGGUAAGAGGCAAACAUAAUAUGGAAAACAAACCUUCUCUAUUCAAAAGGACUUUAAAAGACAAUUCAACUCCAGUAAAAGAUGAAAUACCAAAUGAAGUUAUUGAUGAGUUUAAAAAUGUUCAACAAGAUGAAAAUAAUAAAACUAUGAAAGUAGACUUUUCUGAAUUUAAGAAUUCUUUAAGUAAGCUUAAAGAACUACAAAUGAAAAUUAGCAAAUCACAAAUGGAAGAAAAACCACAACUGACAAAUGAUAUAAACUCUGUUAAGCAUAACAUUGAAGACGAAACAAGCAUUGUAAAUAAUGGUAAAGAAAAUGUAACAGGCAAACAAAGCAAGGAUAGAACAAAAACUAUGCAAUCACCAAGAUUGGUCCCACGUCCUCCAGUGGUGACCAUCAUGGGGCAUGUGGACCAUGGAAAAACGACCCUGUUAGAUGCCCUCAGAAAUGCUAAUGUUGUGGAUUCGGAGUUUGGAGGAAUUACACAACAUAUAGGAGCAUUCACAGUAAAAUUGUCCUCAGACCAGUCCAUAACAUUCCUGGACACGCCGGGCCAUGCAGCAUUUUCGGCCAUGAGAGCACGCGGGGCGUCUGUGACAGACAUCAUUGUGCUAGUUGUGGCGGCGGAGGACGGAAUCAUGCCCCAGACCAUAGAAUCUAUACAACAUGCUCAGGCUGCCAACGUUCCCCUUAUUGUUGCCAUCAACAAAAUCGACAAGCCUAAAGCUGAUGUGGGUUCCAUAGUGAACACUCUGACCAGUUAUGGUGUAGUUGUUGAAGAUUUAGGCGGGGACGUCCAGAUGGUCCCUAUAUCAGCUCUCAAGGGUAUGAACUUGGACAAGCUUCAAGACUGUAUAGCUGGCCUGGCUGAGUUCCUGGAACUGAAAGGGGACGUUUCCUCACUCGUUGAGGCUUGUGUUAUAGAGACCCAUACAGACAUCGGGCUGGGUAGGACCUCAACCAUAGUGAUAGAGAAAGGAACACUGAGGAAGGGCGACUACUUGCUGUGUGGGUCGACAUUCACGAAGGUGCGCACAAUAUAUGGUAGUAAUCAGGAGGUUUUAAAGGAGGCAACGCCAGGAAUGCCUGUGAAAAUCGGGGGUUGGAAAGAACUGCCGGAGGUCGGGGAGCUCGUGCAACAGUAUGCCACUGAGAAAGAACUGAAGAUGGCAUUGGCAAGGAAUGAACAGAAAGAAAAGGAGGUCUUAGAAGAAACUGCAAUGGAGGAGGCAGGGAAAAAGAGGGAGUCAGAGAGAGAAGAAUACAUUGAAAUACGUGAACGCAGGCGUAUCCAGAAAGCAAAAUCAAGGAGAUGGAACCAUAAAACAAGGACAGCUUUUGAAGCAAUGAUUGAAACGGAGAAGAGAAAAAAAGAAAGAGAGGCUGAUCCUGGAAAUAUGGUUUUCCCAAUAAUUAUUAAAGGUGAUGUGUCUGGAUCAGUGGAGGCGAUAGUGGACUCAUUACAGACAUUCAACUCAGACCUUUGCGAGUUGGACAUUGUCCACUAUGGUGUGGGAAAUGUCACACAGGGUGACCUAGACCUGGCUGCAGUUGCAAAUGCGGACAUAUAUGCCUUUAACCUUGAUCCAGCAGCUUCCAAAAUGGGUGAAGAAAGCGCAAUCCGUAUUCGUCACCAUAAUGUGAUCUACCAUUUAUUUGCCGAGCUCAUUGAAUCAAUUAACAAGAAGCUGCCACAUCAAGACAAGGAGGAGAUCAUAGGAGAGGCAACGGUUAUGACGCCAUUUGAGGUGGUAAUAAACAAGCAGCCUGUUCAGGUGGCCGGUUGCCGAUGUACAUCUGGGCAACUGAUGAGGAGCAAGCGCUUCAGGCUUUUCAGGGGUGAAGAGGUCGUCUUUGAUGGUCCGCUGCACUCUUUGAAGCACCAUAAACAGGAAGUAAACAUCAUCAAGACGGACCAGGAGUGCGGUAUGUGCCUCGAAAAAAAUCUGAAGGCCGAGCCUGGGGAUCGUGUCGAGUGUUAUGACAUUAUACACAUCGAGCAGAAACUUGAUUGGAAACCGCAGUUUGAUGUGGACAGUCGACAUUGAUUUAAUUUUUUAACAACUUUGAUUCCGAUGUGUUAAUGAAUGAAAUUCUGUUAACGGCUUUGAAGAAAAUUUCGUCUAUGACAAACCACAGUUUGAAUUGGAAAGGUGAAGUUGAAUUUAAAUAAGGUCAUAAAUGCGGAUGAAUGAAAUUGUGUUUUAAUGAAUAUGAGACAUAUUUAUAAGUAUACAUGUAUAAAGCAAGAAUUGAACUGUGAUUAAGAGACCUGUACUGGUUUGCAUCAAUACAUAUGUACUUGAAUAAAUAUGUACAUUUUCCAAGAAUACAAGUGUAAGGGCAAGAGGGGUCUAAUGAUUUACAUUUUAAGUGUCCACCUUUUGCUUUAGAGUCUGUGGGUUUAAUCCCCACCAGGGGUACUUUCUCAAAUGGCCUCUGAAGGCUUCAGUACUAGUUUCUGCCAAGGAAACAUACUUCAGAGUGAUUUUAUAAGCUGUCAACUGAUUUUAACAAUUGAGCUUAAAGCUGCACUCUCAAAGAUUUAUCAUUUUGACAACUUUUUUAGUUUUAGUCUUGGAAUGUGCCAAUUUCUUUGUAAAUAUCUGCAAACCAGUGACUUAAGACUGCUGACAAAAGAUCAGAGUGCAGAUUUUCAUAUUUAAAAUUAACGUUUUAUGGCUAAAAGCGUUACUAACAGUUUAAGAAAAACGCAUAAAACAUCAAUUUUUGAACUAAAAUAAGAAAAUCUGAUUUUUUUGUCAGCUGUCUUAUAUCACUGGUUUUCAUGCAUACUCGCAUAAAUUGGCUCGUGCCAACAAAAAAUAAAAAAGUUGUUAAAACGUUCAAUCUGUGAGAGUGCAGCUUUAAAUAGAUAAAAAAAAUAAUCUUAUUAUAACAAUAAGAAUACCAGUUUAUUUCUGGUGUGAACUGUGAUGUUUGCACAUAUUAAUUUAAAACCUUCACAAGGUUUCACACUUAACCCUUAGGCUGCUGAUGGCAAUUUUAAAGGCUUUGCAAACAGCUUGGAACCAGACCAGACACCGAGUAACUCGACGCCUGGUCAGGUUCCAAGCUGUUUGCCACUCAGUCAAUAUAUCCCCAAAGUUUUAAAUAAAUUGAAAGAAAUUUAGAAUAAACCAGACGACAUUUUUGAGCAGACGACAAUUUACCCAGCAUGCAAAGGGUUAAAUUAUUUGCAACAGUUGUAAGAUUGUUCUUAUACCCAUGUGUCAAUACAAAAAUGGGUUAUUGUUUUUAUUAAAUGGCUUUAUUAUGUUUCAAAAUGAAAUAAAAAAUAUUAAAGUA